CGCCGUGGUUGUUUACAUCCAGUUACCUUCAGUGCCUGCAGCCGGUAAAACUCCUAAACUUUGGACAAAAUUAUUUUCAACGUGUCACACCACAACUUGCCGAAGACUACAACGGCUGAUGGUAAUCGCCGGGAUGGUUCAUUAACACCAAGUUCUAAACUUGAAAGGCUGUAAGUUAUUUGUUGAAAACUACUUAUUCGACAAUCAAGGCCAGUCCCAUGAUGCUAGGCUAACGCUAGGCUAACGGAAAGGAAAGAGUGAACCAGCAAACAUGAAGUCCAGCUGCAAGUGACACAAAAUCCAUAAAGGAACCUUCAAACUUCAUAAGCUGCAGCUGAAAUCCACGAACUGCAACGGGAAGUGAAGGUGACAGCAUCUCUCUUCAUUUCCCGGGCUGAUGAAACCUGAGAAGUGCCGACGCAGCAGCAGCACGGAGCCCGCUGAAUGAAACACUGGCUCCCGAAAGCUGCUAGUACCCGGCAGGGACUAAAUGCGGUGCUCUCCAACUUCAGCCGUCUUCCCGAGGGACUCAGGACUCUGGCAGGAGGCAACAUGGCCAAAGUAAACAGCGGCUCCUCCGGUUGUCGGGCCAUGGUUAUGGCAGGAAAGUACCUGUCGAGUCCGUCUCUCCCAGUACUGACCCGGAGUUCUGGCCAGCGGCAGCGGAGGAUGUUCGGUCCCCAUCGCCGUAUGGUGAGCUCUGACGCGGCCGGCACGGGAGGAAAGACCGCGGCUUUGGCCCAGCUUGAGCAACCAGGGUAUUUCUCCGCCGCAGACCGACAUGUGCUGGCGAACCGGAAUUUAAUUUACCGGGACGUGAAGGCUUUUCUGAAUGAAGUCGGUGGAGACCCCCGGGAGGCUCGCUACUGGCUGACCCAGUUCCAGAGAGCCACCUCGGCCCAGUCUCCUGCAUUUGCCAUACUGGAGGUGGACAGCUCGGUGUUCAACAGCAGGGAGAUGGUUCAAAGCCUGGCCUUUGGGCUCUCCUUCUUGCAGCGGAUGGAUAUGAAGCCUGUGGUGGUGAUGGGCUGGUCUGAGUACAGGGAGAUGGGACCGGCUCAACCGGUAGCCGAGCCGCGGUGCAGCCGAGGGCUGGUGGAGUGGUGCCAGCAGCUGACAGAGGCUCUGCAGCAGCACUCAGCCACCGUACUGCCGUUCUUUUCUGCUGAGUCCUUCCUCCUGCUGCAUGAAGCACCACGAGGCAGCAGUGCUCCACCAUAUGUUGCUGUGGACACCAGCCUCCUCCAGUGGACUCUGGACUGUGGCACAAUCCCAUUGGUUUGUCCAGUGGGGAGGGACGGCCGCGGUUGCUCGGUAAUGUUGGACCCAACGGACGUGACAGCGGCUAUUUCCCGAGCCCUACAGCCGCACAAAGUCAUGUUCCUAAACAACUCAGGAGGCCUCUGCAGCCAAGAGCACAAGGUGCUGGGCACGGUGUCGUUGCCUUGCGACCUCCCCAGUCUUACCAUUGCGGCAUGGCUGAGCACUGCAGAGCGCCACAGAGUGACAACCAUAGCCAGACUGCUCAACCAGCUGCCGACUGAGUCGUCUGCAGUGAUUACCUCUGCCAACACGCUGCUGACCGAGCUGUUCAGCCACAGAGGGUCUGGGACACUCUUUAAAAAUGGAGACCCCAUACACCGGUACAGCUCUCUGGAUGGGAUCGAUGUGGAGCGUCUCCUGGCUCUCAUCAACAAGUCAUUUGAUAAAACUCUGAGGCGAGACUACAUUGACUCCCUGAAAGGACGACUGCAUUCCAUCUACCUCUCUGAAGGCUACAGUGCCGCAGCCAUCAUCACCAUGGAGCCAGUGAACAGCGGUACUCCCUACCUCGACAAGUUUGUGGUGAGCAGCAGUAAGCAGGGCCAGGGCACCGGCCACAUCCUGUGGGAGUGUAUCAGACAGGACCUGGGCAAACUGUUCUGGAGGUCUAGAGCCACCAACAGGAUCAACCCCUGGUACUUUAAACACUGUGAUGGGAGCUUUGUUAACGGGGUAUGGACCGUCUUCUGGUUCGGCCUGACAGACAUCAGAGAUUCCUAUGAGCUGGUGGAGUAUGCCAAGAACCUUCCUGACUCUUUCCAUGCCUCCACCCUAUCUGCUUCCCAGUAGCUCCACCCACCUGCCUCUGGAUCCUGGACCUCCCAGCUGCUGGUUGUUAGCGCUGUAGCUGUUUUAGCUCUGAGCCUCUGGAGUGUUCAGCCUGGAAAAUGUGGAUAUUGUUUUCUCAUUUUUGCUGUGACUGGGCUUUUUCCUGUUCUGAAUUUUUUUACUUGGGUUUUUCUGUAUCUUGAAACUUCAAAAGCAAAGCGCCUGUGUUGUGGGGAUUUACUUACAUUCAGUAUUUUGACAUAAAUCCUUUAUUUUCAAAGAUGGGCGUAACUGAGCAUUCUAGUGCUUAUAGCUGAGGGUUACAGGGGUAUUUCCACUUUGCAAAAAUACACUUUGUACACACUUUUCAAGUUUGUCUUCUUUGAACAGGCAACUUUUGCUCUUUGUUUCUUCUGACCAGAAAAAAAAUUGGUGUUUUUCACAACCAAAAUGGUCAAAACUAUGGUCUUACUUUGUGAUGUGGACCAGGAACACUAAGCUUUUCCACUGUACUGUUGCCUUCAUGAACACAGCCAGGUGCUGUAUCUCCUCCAGGUCUUUCUGUGAUUGCUUAUUUUGAAUUCCAAUACAUCUAAGCACACAAUACAAGUGUUUUUGAAGGGGCAGUACCCUGAUUUUGUGAUGCAAUUUGAUGUGGUGAAGGGAGAUUUUUAUAGAUUUGAGAAAAAAAUCCUGAUAUCGUUGGAGCAAUGUUAUCAGUCGUUUUAGUUUUGGUUCCAACACUAAAAAAAACAGUAAACCUGCAUUACCAUCAGGUAUGUGGGGUUUGAAAGAGGUGGGCAAUUACCAGGUAGGCAGGGACUGAUGAAAGAUGCUAUCAAUUUGCAUUAUAGGAAAUGUGGGAUCCGGUGUUUUUAGAUCUUAAAAGUCACAAUAUUUCAGCUUCUGCUGACAAAUUCACAAGCAGAAAGUACAGACAAAUAAUACGAGAAGGAAGAGAUGUUGCAGUUGGCAGCUUUUCUUGGUGGGUAAGAAAAUGUAGCUUUUUUUUUUUUUAUCCUGGUUCUCAUGUACUUCUGAAAUGCCAAAGGGAGUAUUUGUGUUUACUAUUCAGGUCAUUAAAGCACUUCAGACCAAA